AUGCCUUUUGUCAUACCCUUCUUCUUUGAAGGCAACCUAGCGUGCGAGUUUCGCGACUCGGAUGGCGCUGCAAGGUCCCCAGUCUUGUCGCCCAUCAUUCAGACAAUCAGCUGUUCCUCCUUCCGAAUCAACGGUCUAGGACCCUCAUUAUCCAAUGGAUACAGCGAUGUGGUCCACGUCGAAGGAGAUCCAGUGGUCAACGUUGACGCAGAAGACCCUCUUCGUCAUAAUCUCGACAAUGCCAGACUUCACGUUCUCAUCAUCAUCACCAUCAUCAUCAUCAUCAUCAUCAUCAUCAUCAUCAUCAUCAUUUUUCGCUGUCUCAAUGACGAUGAAGUUGUGUUCUGGGUGGAAGAUCGCAUCGUAGAGCCUUCCAAGUCACAGUCUGGUGCCUAUGCGCGGAUCGUAAGAGUCUGGAGCGGCAUCGGCAUCGAUGUACAUUGCAUGGAGGCACUCGGGCUAGGCGCUCGUCAGGCGUGGGAGCGACACGAGUAA